CACUCCCCCACCCCCACCCCCAGCCGGUGUGCAAGGAAGGCCCAACAUUUGGUACUGCAAUUUCCCUUUCGCUUGCUAUUCUGGCCUCGCAGUUGUUCUUGUGCGUCCUAAGACCAGUUUGAAGGACAGUGGUGCUGGUUCUUACCAUCUCGGCGUGCUCCAUUUGCUAAGACUUUAUGGCUGAGGGCAUGGCAAUGGCCCGCGCUGGAUCAUUGGUUUCAAAGCUUGAGUCCAAGAUAUGCUAUCAUAGGGAUGCUGCCCUCGAGUACAUGGAAAUCAAGGCUGUUGUUGGUGAAGUCAUGGAAGAAAAGGAGAUGCUCCAGCAGGAUUAUCGUGCACUGAAAGAUGAACUUGAGGAGGCAAAGAAAACGAUUGUGGAAGUAAACAAGGAGCUUGCAGCAGGAAGCGCGGAGACCUCUCUCAGUAAAAAGGAGCUGGAGCUUGUAAAGAAGAAGCUUCAAGACUGGGAAGCUAAGCAAAAUCUACCUGAGCUACUGAAUUGCUCUGCUUCUGAGCAUGUCCAGCCUAGUAAUAGUAAGCAGGGGCAGAAAAGAUCAAUGAGGCACCAGGAAGUGCCUUCUCAAGGUCCUCUGGGAAUUGAUGCUCACAAGCCUGACCUGGCAGAAGAGCGUCCUGGGAGCAUGCUGGUAAACAACCCCAUUGUUGGCCAAACCUCAGUUGUUCCACCAAGCACAGAUGAUGACGUGGUGGCCCUGCGUGAACAUCUGAUCAAGCAAUUCCUUGAAAUCGAUAAAUACGGCGGGCGGAUCAUCGGGAUAAAGGAAAUGGGCAAACUGAAUGUGAAGGCGUUCGAGAUUGCUUGCGCUGAGAAGUUCCGUACAACAAAAGCCGCUGAUGCGUCUAGUAAGCUGUACUCACUGUGGCAGCAGCGGAUCACUGACGUAAGCUGGAAUCCCUUCAACAUGGUCACGGUCGAGGGCAAUCAUCAGGAGGUUCUGAAUGUCAAUGAUGAUAAGCUGCAAGAACUGAAGAAGGAAUGGGGAGAAGGCCCCUACAAAGCUGUCAUCAAUGCGCUGAUGGAGAUGAAAGAGUACAACUGCCUAGGCGACAGGAGCACCGUCUAUGAGCUAUGGAACUACAGGGCGGACCGGAAAGCCACCCUAACGGAGUGUACUGAGUACAUGGCCGAUCGUGUGCAAGAACUCACAGUGGUCAAGCGCAGGAAGACUCGCAGGAAUUAGUGAUGGCUCCUGCAAGAUGCACUAGCAAGGAAAAGAGGUUGCCAGACCCCCCUUAGUAGUAGUUAAGCAGCAAAACUGUUGUGAGUGUGCUUUGAGUAAUUCUUAACCUGGCUGUAGCAAGAGAGGGGAAACUAUGAGAGCAAGCCCUUUUCGUAUUUUUUUUUUUUGCGGGGAAAGCCCUUUUCAUAUUGUUGGACCAAGUUGUAGCUUAUGACUGUCUGUACCGUUCUACCUUAUGCUCACCUCUAUCUAAAACAAUGCUACUCUGAUAUUUGAAAUUCCUGCAUUCGGAUUUCAAAACACAGAGCAAGUGUGCUUGCAUGUUUAGGUUGUCAA